CCGGGGACUCACAGCGUCGGCAUCGGAGGUUGGAAGCGCCGCGCUGGGAACGACAGUGGCUGGCGCCGCUUCUCUUCCCUCGCUCCAUUCCUUCUCCUCUGCGGUGGGUUGCGCUCGGCGCAAGUCCCGCGCCCGUCGUUCCUCUUGCUCAGUCAGCCGCCGCGGCGCGCACUGCAGGUCGCGCAACGGGAGAGGGACGAUUUGACGCUGCGACCCCCACCCCCCCGUUUUGGUUUAUUUUAUUUUUUAUUUUUGUAAUCAUUAUUGUCCGUCCCUGUUUCUUUCCUUGCUCCGCUCCGUGGUCUUUGCCGGCGACAAGGACAGCAGUGCCCCUCGGGGAAGCCGGAGCCCUGCGGAUGCGCCUCCCCGGGACUGGGGGAGCUGACUCGGAGUGGAUUUAUUGACUCGCGGUUGCUUCCGAGCUGCCCGAAACAGCCCGAGCUGGUGCCCGUGCGGAUUGCAAACUGCGGGGAGCAGUGAGAGACAUACAGGAGGAGCCGCCCGCCGAAGCUGUGUCCUUUUCCCCCCGACCCUUUUAUUUCUCCCGCCACCCUUUAUUUUACCUCUUUUUAAUUUAUUUUUUGUUUUACUCCUUUUCACGCGGGCCUUAGACACUGUGAACGCGUAUGGCGCCCUGGAUCCAAAUGGGAGUUGGCAGUUUGAGUGGCAUCUUCCAAGGCAGCCGGGAGACCCCCACUAAGAGGAAGGACUAAGGCGUUUGCUUUUUUUUUUAAUUUUUUUUUUUUUUCUAUUGCUGUUACUUCGGAGGUAGCUUGGAUCUGACCUCACAGGAGAUAUUCCUACAUGCGAGUGGCAUACAUGACUCAGUAGAUCUGCUUGCAGUUCUCGCCAAGUGCAUCGUCGACCCUUACUGAUUUUUUUUUUAAUUUUUUAAAUUAUUCUUUUUUUCCUAUCAAUCAUCCCGGCUGUUGGGAUACCGGGCACCCACCCUGCUGUUGCUGCUCAGGUGCGUGGGAAGGCGCACGGCGGAGUUGGCGAGGCUCCGGGGAGGACUCGGUGCCGCCUGCGACCAUGGCAGCGCGGAGGCGAGAUGCCUCCGCCUGGAAGUACUGCUGGGGAGCCGUGAUGGUUUUAUGCAGAACUGCACUGGCGCGGUCCAUCGUUUUAGACCCCAUAUAUUGGAAUUCCUCUAACCCCAAAUUCCUUCCUGGACAAGGAUUGGUACUAUAUCCACAAAUCGGAGACAAACUGGAUAUUAUAUGCCCAAAGGUGGACUCUAAAACUAUUGGCCAAUAUGAAUAUUAUAAGGUCUACAUGGUUGAUAAAGACCAAGCUGAUAGCUGUGCUAUUAAAAAGGACAAUACACCUCUACUUAACUGUGCCAAGCCAGAUCAAGAUGUUAAGUUUACCAUCAAGUUUCAAGAGUUCAGUCCUAAUCUCUGGGGCCUGGAAUUUCAGAAGAACAAAGAUUAUUACGUCAUAUCAACAUCAAAUGGGUCUUUGGAGGGCCUGGAUAACCAGGAGGGAGGGGUGUGCCAGACAAAAACCAUGAAGAUCCUCAUGAAAGUUGGACAAGAUCCCAACUCAGCAGGGCAGCCCCGGUACACGGAUCCCACCAGGCGCCCCGAGCAGGAAGCUGGCACCAACGGGAAGAGUUCCACCACCAGCCCCUUUGUGAAGGACCACUCAGGAUCUAGCACAGAUGGCAGUAAGGCUGGGCAUUCCAGUAUACUGGGUUCAGAGGUGGCCUUAUUUGCAGGGAUUGCAUCAGGGUGCAUCAUUUUCAUCGUCAUCAUCAUCACUUUGGUGGUUCUUUUGUUGAAGUACCGGAGAAGACACAGGAAGCAUUCCCCGCAACACACGACAACUCUAUCACUUAGUACAUUAGCCACCCCAAAACGCAGUGGCAACAACAAUGGUUCUGAGCCCAGUGACAUUAUCAUUCCUCUAAGGACUGCAGACAGUGUCUUUUGCCCCCACUAUGAAAAGGUCAGCGGCGACUAUGGACAUCCGGUGUACAUAGUUCAAGAGAUGCCUCCUCAGAGUCCAGCAAACAUUUAUUACAAGGUCUGAGGAACACACAACCAGCUCUGUGGUACAGUUGAGUCGUAGAGGAAACUCACUGGUCAAAUGCUUUCUGUUGGGGUUUGUGAUGACGCCUUGUGCGCUAGCAUUGACUUAAGCACAGGGGGGAGAAGGCAACAGCUCUUUCUCCAGGAACCGACGCGAGCUGGACAGCUUACCUAGUCUGUAGAAUCCCUAUCUCGGUGAAUAAGUAUUCACUAAAAGCUGGAAGACUUUUCUGUAGAAGAUGCCCAUUCUGAUUGCUGUACUCUUGUUACAUUCAUCAUCCUCAAAGCCAUGUGCUGUGGGCAUUCAGGCAUGUACAAAAGCCAAGGGAAGAUGGAGCAAUCCGUGGAUGUUAAUAGCUCUAGGCAUCCUGGAAAGGUGCUCUAGGAUAUAUCAAGCUUGAAAUGCAAUCUUCUGACUUUUGUGUGUCUCUCUCAGUGCGUACUGGAUUUGUCACACAGACCUUGGUGUCUAAGUAAGACUUGUUAAAGUUCUCUUGCUUUUAGUCCGUCACUGUUCCAUUUGUUUCUGUUAUCCGGGGCUCUGCCAUCCUUCACAUAAGAUUUCCUUUCACUCCACCUCCUGAAUCACUAAUGGAACAUUAAUGUUUGGAGAUCCGCACUCCAUCCAUCUGCUACAGCAGCCUCACUCGAAUGGGUAAUGCAUUUAUAAAAAUUGUGUUUGAUAGUAAGGAGCCUUCCAGCCAAAAAGUUAGGCUGUCAACAAAGUCAAGAGCAGGACUGGGUGGUGGAGGGAAGGGCUGAUUGAGGUUGCAAUUGAAUAUUGCUGCCUCAGAAAUAGAAGCUGGGAAGAAAAAAAAAAUGCAUUUAGGUAGCACAGCACUUUGGUAUGCUAAGUUUUAAGAGGCAAGUAGGAAACACAAUAACAUGUGCAGUGGAUUAAGGCUGCAUUUGAAGGAAUUCACGGUUAUCAAAUACCACUGUGCAGAAAAAAAUAGUACCUUCAAUACAGUAGAACAAAGGGGUAUUGUUAGUAAGUCAACAAGCCUGGAGAAGACAAGACAAUAGCAGGCCACUGAGGAUGUAUUAGGGCAGGGCUGUUGUGGUACUGGCAAUAAAAUAAACAGCUUUGAAGCUGUAGCAAAAACGUAGUCUGCCUUGGAUGACUUUUAAGCAGACUCAGCUGCUAUAUGAUCACAUUAUACUAAACACAGGGAAAGCAUUUAAGAAAACAACCGAGAGCCAAGUGCCUACGAUGAUUAUAAUCCAGUGGGUCAAAUGAGCUAUAAUUCUAUCACUGAUAAAGUUGUGGGGAAAACAAACAACAAAACAACAAACCACAAAACCUUGCUCAUCUCUGUACGUAAGGCAGAAUUUCUUUGUGACUGACCCUUUUGGCACUUUGGCUUAUUGUAGUGCUGUCCCUGCACAGUGAGUGUAGGUACUGACUGACACAGCAGUUCAUUGGUGCUCAUUUGCAAAGUUAAAGCACAUAUGGCAAACCUGGCAGUCCAUAAGGGUAAAAUAAAUUAUGACACUGAGAUGGAGAAGGAAAAUAUGUCUUAUUUAUAAUAGGUGUAUAGAACACGAGGGAUAUAAAGUGAGAGUUUUUCUUUUGUUCAUUCUUUCUUACUUUUGGUUUGGAUUUUUUUACUAAUAUAUAUUUUGAGAUUGCACAGAAUCUACACCAGAAGAUGUGAAAUUCAUUUGCGGCAAUUGCAUAGUCUUAACUUGUCAUCAUUUUCCAUAUAUGUGUGUGUGUGUGUGUCUAUGUAUAUACACACAUAUAUAAGUAUAUAUGCAUACGUAUGUAUAUAUAUAUGUAUGCAUAUGCGCACAUUUUUUUAAAAAAUAAACUACUUCUGGAGAAAAAAAAACAGCUAUCCUAAACCAACAGUGGGAGCAUAGUAAAAAAAAAAAUUCCAAAGCAUCUUGUAAGAGGAAAGUAGAAAAUAUAAGGUCCAAAAUAUCAGGAAUUCAGUGUUACUGCAUCACAUAUUUAACAGCAACAAGAUGUGCCGGCAUUUAUUUUCUGUGUUGUGUUUUCCCUUGCCUUACAGGCUGAUGUGUUCUGUAGAUUUUGUUGAGGUUCGUAGAGGGGGGUUUCAGGUUAAAGUUUUCUCUUUAGCAUGGCUAUUCCCCUUAAGCUCCCACCCUAGGGAGGAAAUAAAAAAAAACAACCUCUACUUUUAUAUGUGCUAUGCAAAUAGACAUUUCUAACAUAGUCAUGUUACUAUGGUAACACUUCGCUUUCUGAUUUGGAAAGAAAAUGUAGCAACAGCAUUUUAGGGUUCUCAGACCUCUGGUGAGCACCUGCAAGGAAAAAAAAAAAGAAAAAAAAAGAAAGAAAAAUAUCUGUCAUAUAAAUGAUCACUCUCUUUGUUUUCUGAACCUGAAGAUAAUGUUGGGAUGUUGGCCCAAAAGAGAGAAACAAAAAACAAAAAAAAUUCCAACCCAUGGUUCUGUGGAAGGUUACCAUGGUGACUAACUACAGUACAUAUGUAAUUCUUUUCAACAACCCUUCUUUUCUAUGAAUCCAUCCAUACAAGGUUCUCUUGUAAGUCAUUAAGAUUUUAUUUUGGGGGAGGGGAAGGGAAAAGAUGGGCUUACUGAUCCUUAUUUUUAUUAAAUCAUAUCUAUGCUUCAUCAGUUGGCUACAUUCUAGUUAUAUACUAAACUGUGAAAAAAAAUCAGACUAAUUGCUCAAGAGCAACCUGCAACCAAUUGAAAAAAAAAUGUACUGUGCGUCUGUUUUGUGUCUGGUGCAGAAUUAUGACAAUCUACCAACUGUUCCUUUCUUUGACGUUGGUCCAGCUUUGAAAAGUUACUGUAAAUGCCUUGCUUGUAUGAUCAUCCCUAGUCACCCAAACUGGAAUUUGCACCAUCAUGUCUAAGUGAAGAUGCUGUAAAUAGGUUCAGAUUUACUGUAUAUGGAUUUGGGAUGUUACAGUAGCCUUAUUCACAUUUUUAAAUAAUUAAAAAACCCACAUGAAAACAAGAUAAAAAAGGCUUUUCUUAACCAGAUUGUGUAUAUAGAGCAAUGUUGGUUUUUUAUAAAGUCUGAGCAAGAUGUUUUGUAUAAAAUUUGAAUUUUGCAAUGUAUUUAGCUACAGCUUGUUUAAAGGCAGUGUCAUUCCCCUUUGCACUGUAUUGAGGAAAAAAUUAUAUAAAAGGUUGCCAAAUUGCCGCAUAUUUGUGCUGAAAUUGUGUACCAUGAAUAUUUAUUUAAGAAUUUCUUUGUCCAGUUUGUAAGUAACACAGUAUUAUGCUUGAGUUAUAAAUAAUUUCUUCUUUCUUUAUCUUUUUUUUUAAUUUUAUUUUUUGGUUUUGUUUGUUUGUUUGUUUCAUUCUGUAUUAAAACUAGCCGGUCAUAAGUUUGAAAUCUGCUUUAGUUCCACAUUGCAAUUAGUUCCCAGAAAAUGAAAAUUAUGAAAAUCACAUUCCACGUCUGUUUCAAACUGAAUUUGUUCUUAAAAAAAUAAAAUAUUUUUUUUCCUAUGGAAACCUUGCCUUCUAAGUAUUUUCUUCUUUAGUUUUGCAAAUUUUUUUCUUUUUAAAGGAUGAAAAUAAAUAAGAAAGUCACCAAGCUUGCCUGCCUGCCUCCCCCCAUCUCUCUCUCCCUUCUCUCCCCCCUCUCUCCAACCUGAUUGCUAGUGGUUUAUAGGAAAUCUCCUUAGAGUACACUGACUUCUGUUAGCCUACUUCUUUCAAAUUCUCUCUUCCAUAUAUCAGCAGUUUCUAGGAAUCACCUGGGCAUCUUAUGCCCUUGGAAGGCAGUGAACUGCAGUCAGAUGCAGUAGCCAGGUUUCUUGGAUGAUCUUGGAGUUGAGAGUACAACCACAUAAAUAAUGCCCAGACAUUAUGUGGUGGAUGUACUCUGUGGGCAGAAUCAGAGGAAAAAAAAAAACACCUGAAGCUUUGUCCUGAGGAGGGGCAAUGGAGAGCCUGGGGUGACAGGGCUGAGCAAGAAGGGACAGGAGAUGAAAGACACUGGGAGGAUGACACAGGAUUGGGAGUGCUGCAAAGUCAAGACAUCUCUUCAUGGUUCUUUACUGCAGCCUGUGGGAGAUGGGUGCAGGUAGCAUGAGCCUUAAUACAACUCCUGUGAUUCUGCUGCCCUAAUUUUCGCUAGGGUAACAAAUUCACUUAUAAAAUAAUACCUUCAUUUUCUGACAAAGCCCAGUCACCCUGAAAGUGAAGCACCUUUCCAUUUGUUAGCAGCACAUAAAUGGUGUGAUGGGCCAUGGAGUAACAGGUGGGAAGGUCUACAGAGGGCAAAUAUGCAUUUGUCACUUUAACAACAGAUGCCAAUUAGCCAUAGAAAUUUCACAGUUAGCUAUUUGUAGUAUGGGUCAUGCAAUUACCAUUUGUCAAACUAUUUAUUUUUUUCUGAAUAAUCAGAGGAAAUGUCAGUAUGGCUAGCACACUUGGCAUGUCGCAAUGACGCAAGUACUCUGAAAUGGGACGUACAGAAACCCCUGGACUGGGAUAUGGUUGAACUAGUAUGACUUUUUGCAGUUGGAGCUCCUUUUGGAGAUCCAGGUCACAGAAUCUGUGCUGGAAGUUGACCCUAAAGGCAAAGUCACAGUGACACUUUGGUUCACCUCCUGGCUCUGGUACGGAUGACCUUGGAGACUUGGUCCAGCAGAAGUCAUAAGAGUGAAACAUGUGAGCGUCCUCUGGCAUCUCAGUAAAUCUUGGGCCUAAUCCUCUAUUUGGUCUGUAAGCCACUUCAAAGGAGGUAGCCUUGUGUUUGUUCUCUGAGCACACAGCUACUCGGCUGGAUUGUGGUUUCCGUCCCUGCUCCGUGGUUGCACACGGCAGUUCCCCUUGCUGGUCUCGGUGGGUUGUCGUGAGGGCUCCCACGCCGUCAUCUGUGAGGUGCUCAGGUCUGCUCUGUGCUGAGAGCCUGUCUGGCACAGCCAUCUGUUAGGGCUGUGGCUCUAGCUUAGUUAGGGCCAAGGCUAUUGUUUGUGUUUUAAUCCUUGUUAAAUACUGGAAGCUGUUGAUAAACAAAUACUUCAAUAGUGUCAAGUUUACACGGCAUUUUCAUUACUGUGCCUCUUUUUUCCGACUAUAUUAUUAUAUAUAUUUAUAACUAGCAUGUAUACUGACACCCAUGGACAUCUAUUUUUGCCACUGUCUUAGCAACAAGGGAAAAUUGCUGUUGCUAAAAAACUGUGCCUCCACUGGGAGGGAAAAAUCCUUGCCAGUGUAAUAACUAUCUGUAUAUUUAUGCCUGGGGCCAAGGAUGCUUGGUCAACAGGAGUGCCUUGCACGCAUACCUUCCCAAACAGAGCAGAACCUCCACUGAGUUGCUGAACUCAUUUUAGUAAAAGAUGCCUUAGACACUCAGCAUAAAGUCAUUGUCUUACAACCCAUCUGUUACAACUUGCAGAGGAAAAAAAAUACUUUCAUUUUUUCCUGCUGCUGACACCUCACUAUUAAUUAUCAAACAAGCACAAAAUCAGAAUUUACUGCCUUUAUUACAAAACUGGUUCUCGGACAAGAGCUCGUCCAAGUCAAUAGGCUCCACUAAGUGGAAAAUAAAAUUAUAAUUCACAGUAGUUAUCCAUCUAGAGUGGAAUUAGGAUCUGUUAUAUAAAAUAGUGCCUCACAAAGUAAGCAUAACAAUGUUACUGCCUUGGUUUAAAACCUUGUACCUCUUGUUCAGCCUGUCUCUUUAGCUUUGCUGUGAUGCAUUGAUCAAAUGCUCACUCAGUCAGCAGCACACUCGUUUUGAUUCUAUGGGCACCAUAAAUUUUCUUUUUGCAGAAAAGCUUAAAAUUUUGUAGUGGUUAGCAAAAUAAAGGACAAUGAAAAUGCAGUCUUUCUAACUGCCGCUCUCCAUCUUCACAGCCACAAUACAAAUUUUGGUGGGGAAAAUGCCCAAGGUUUGAAAACACCAAACAAACUCCUUCUACAAUUGGUAUGUCAUUACACGAAGCAUCAGACCAGAAAUAAAGUAAUAUUUGUUUUGGAAAAAAAAUGUAUGUUGGAGCGUAUAGCACAGUGUAUUAAUGGUUGUGCUAUUCAUAAUCCAAAUGGUGCUGGAUUCAGCUGACUGAGCUAUCGUCUACGAAACAAAAUAAUAACACUCGUCUUUCACAUGAGUCAUGCAAAUACUUUGAUGUGUAAUUAAGGCAUAAUGCAAUCCAUAAGAAACCCUCUUGAGAAGGAGGGGCAGGAGCCUGCCCAUACACAGUGAGGAUGAGGAGGUGGAGCUACUGGUGGCUGCUUCUGGAGGAAGGACUGUGGAACAGUGGGAUGAGGCAAGAGAGGGAAAGUGUGUGAGAGGGCAGUGACUUUCUGAGCAGUGACUUUCUUCUGCAAUGACAAAAUCCAGGGAGAAAUCAGAGCAAGGCAGCAGCUGUGGAGGUAGAGAAACAGGGUCUUCAGAGCUCUGGGAAAGGCUUUGGUGGAAAACACGUGCAGAAGAAAAGUGCUGACAGAUGAAAAGCAAGUGUAGUGUUUGAUAAGUAUUGGUUGUUGUUUCAGGUAAGAGGAGAUCAGGCCAGGUUGUUCUGCUAGUACUGACAGGAGACUGAGCCUAAGUAAGGAGGAGAACCCAGGCCAGAAGUCAGUGCUUUCUGCAGCCUCGGAUCCUGUGAAAAAGAAAUCAAGGAUCUCCGAGAACUGUAGGACAAGUCAAACUCCAAAAGGGAGAGAACCUUGUGCACGGCUGUCAUAGCUGGAAUACAACUUGUGUUUUCAUAAGUGCAUUGAAAAACCCUCAUGUGCUUAGACUGCUGAAGAAGUGCAAUUAUUAAAUUUAUAAUAUGGGGAAUUCAUGGAGGGUGUGAGGAGAGUUGUUUCUAGAUCAGACCUUCAGUGGAUAUAAAUUAGCAUAGUUCAGUUUGAUAUCUGCUCCUACUUAUCACAGUUCAGAGUUGCACACGCAUAAGCAAUACUCAUACAGAUUUUACUAUAGCCCUCAGCUAUGAGGAAAUGCUUUAUAAGAGUGUUGUUCUGAAUAUUAUGAAGAUUGUAUUCAAAAACAUACCAACAGUGACUUGCUUUUAUAAAAUACUGCUAUCAAUGCCAUAAAAAUUGUAUUUUGUAUUUUACUGAACAUUGUCAGCAAUUUGCUGUAUCUGUUCAUUAAAAGUAGGUUGGAUUACUAGCAAAUGUGUAAUAAAAAUUGUUCAUGUUUU